UAAACCCACAGUUUAUGUUGAAUUAGUAAAUGUCAUUUUAAAUGUGUGCUUACAUAGGUUAUUUUAUUGCAACCCAACAAGAAUUCUGUGAGGUAGCUGUUUUACAGAUGAGGAAACUGAGCUUAGAGCUGUUAACUGACUUGUUCAUGGGUACAUAGCCAGGAUUACAGAUGGGAUGUGAUACUUAGUCAUGCUGACACCAAACUUAGUACUGUAUCUACUACAUUGCAUUGCCUCUCCAACAAAUACACCAGCCACAAGUUUCUUUAUUCAUAUAUCUAUAUCUAUAGAUAUAUCUGCUGCUACUCAGAGUCAGUUGUAUCUGUUCUAUACCAAAGCAAAUCAAUCAAUAUUUAUUAAGCACUUAACUCUGUGCUUAUAUUUUGAUGGAGAAGACAACUUAUACAUAAAUACAUACAAAUAGAAUAAAUAUAGAACCCAAGGAAGAUCACUUUAGCAGGGAAGGCAUUUUUUUUUCCUGACUGGAAGGACCAGAAUUGUAGUAGAAUACUACUAUAGCCAUGAAUCAGCAAGCUUUAACCAAAACCAAUUGUUUAUUUUAUCCAAUGUAGAACUGGUUAUACUACUUAAGGUAAAAUUCUGACAUGGUACUAUUUCAGGGAAGCUUAUUCAUAGGGAGUUACCCCUAUCUUUUUUGGUCAAUAUUUUUGCUCCCAGAACUUCAUUCCAAGACUGCAUUGCUUCCAUUAGUCAGUGGUUAAUAUGAACUGGUUAAUAGAAAGAACUGGUUCAAAGCUAUUAAAUCUACUUCCACUAGUGGCAUAUUUGCCAGAGGAAGUCUUAAACUUCCAGCUAUGUUUUUUGUUAGAAGCACUUUUCCCACCAUGUCACUCCAUGUCACCAUGGAAAUCACUAUGGUUUCAGAUGUAUGGAGCCAAUUGGACAGGGAAGACAGCUUCCAUUUCCAUAUUCAUCCUCUGUCAUUACACUGAAGAAUUCUUUUCCCCAGAAUUGCUAUAAGAACAAUUGAGAGAUAUCAUAAUGCAACAGAAAGAAUGUGGGUCUUGGAGUAAGAAGAAACCGAGGUUCAUAUCUCCCCUCUGACACUUAGUAGUUGUGUGACCAUGGAAUUAAGCUGUAUGAUCAAGUUACUUAACCUCAGUUUCCUCAUCUGUAAAAUAAGGAAGAGAGGCAGCAAGUUAUUUUUAAGAACUUGGAUUCAAGUGAUGACCCAGACAUUCUAGCUGUAGGACUUAUGGAUAUUGAAACUCUCAGCAUUCCAAGCAUGUCUCUGCUUUUAAGUAACAAAAGAGUUAUGAUCUUUAUCCAAGUAAGAGGAAGGGAUUUCCACAAGAAGAGUUUCCUCCAUUCUUUAAAUCACAGUUCUGGACUAAAAGUUUUUUUUGAAGAGGAAUAAUAAAAACUAGACUACCUUCUUCAAAUGAUUGCUUUUAAGAUUAAAUAAGAUUGUUUCUCCAAAAGAACUUUUAGAAUUUGUAUGUAAAAAUGACAACAAUUAUUGAGUUUAUAGCCAUUAUAACCUUUAGAGGUAGAGAGGAUCUUAGAAGUCAUCUAGAUCAACUUCCCCAUCUUACAGAAGAAAAAAUUGAGUAGGAGAAAUGUCUAUAGAUAUCUAGUAAAAGAAACAGGAUUUUAACUUCAGGUCUUCUCACUCUAAAUCCAGAAUUCUUUAAUCUUCCAUGAUUUCAGUUAUACUGGUGAUCCAUUAAUCUUGACUUUCUACAGAGAGAGAAAGAGAAAGAGAAGGGGAGAGAGAGACAGAGAGACACACAGAGAGGGAGAGAGAGACUUAAAGAGAGAGAGAGAGAGACAGACAGACAGACAGACAGACAGACAGACAGACAGACAGACAGACAGAGAGACAAACAGAGAGACAAACACAGAGAGACAGAGAGACAGAGAAGGACAGGGAGAGAGAGAGGGAGAGGCAGGGGGAGGAGAACUCUUAGUGAGCCUCCGCCCCUCAGCAGUAGUCUGCCUUUAGGACCUAAGAGUUCAGUGGAACUUUGCUACUGCAAGAGGCUCCUUGUCUAUAGUCUGGAUGGGAAGAAGAUAGAUCUAACCCUGGUGUGCUAACCACUUAUUCCUUCUUUCUACUCCACGAUGUAGGGGCUCAUUCUGCCUCUCUGGAUCCUGGUGGAUUCUUCGCUCCUUUGCUCUGGCCAGAUCCAGCUGUCUGUAGUACCUUGUCAGCUGCUCUGCCUAAAUUGAGAAUCACAGUCGUUUUUUAAAGGGGAGGUGGGAGGUCUGGAGGGAAAAGGGGGCCCAAGCCCCAGGCUGGGGCCUUGUAGGGCAUCUCCAGGUUCGCCUGUAACUGCAGCUGGGGGAGCAUGGUGGGCAUAGUACUGGCGGUCCGAGGACCAGCAAGGCAGCUAUGGCUAUCAUCACCGCUUCUGCUGUUGCUGCUGCUCUUUUUGCUGCUGUUGCUGCUGCUGUGCAGAGGGGCCUCAGCACAGUACUCCAGCAAUAUGUGCAACUGGAAAGGGAGUGGGCUGACUCAUGAGGCACACAAGAAGGAUGUUGAACAGGUCUACCUCCGCUGUUCUGAAGGAUCCAUUGAGUGGAUGUAUCCUAUUGGAGCACUAAUAAUUAAUCUUCAACCAAACAUAGUAUCAUUAUCUAAUAAACACUUAACAGUUUGCAUCAAACCAUUCAAGAACUCCAUGGGAGCAAAUAUUUAUUUGGAAAAAACUGGAGAACUGAAACUAUUGGUCAGAGAUGGAGACCACAACCCUAGGAAAGUCUACUGUUUCAACUUUGACCAAGGGGCUUUGUUUGUUGAAGCCACCUUGAAACAGGACAUUAGCAGGAAGAUUACAGGCUUUCAGUAUGAGUUGACAAACAAAAGGGAAGUCUCUGAUUUGUAUACAGCUUCUGUGGUAAGAGGAUCAAUCCAGAAUGUAACAAAUGAGCCAGAACAACAAGAAUCUAUCAUUGACAUCCAUGUCAGCAAACUGUACAGGCAGAAGAAUAAAGUCUUUCAGCUUGUGGAAAGCAGUGAGAGCUGGCAAGGACAAAUCAAGACACUAUUAGAAUGUGGAGUGAAACCAGGAAAUGGAGAUUUCCUCUUCACAGGUCGAAUUCACUUUGGGGAGGCCAGAUUAAGCUGUGCUCCUCGUUUUAAAGACUUCCUAAGGAUGUAUAAAGAUGCUGAGAAUAAGGGCCUGAAUCCAUGUGAAAUAGGCACAGUCUGAAGAUGAAUGACUAGAUUAGAAAUUCUCCUUCUCUUCCCUAGACAAUCUCAUUCCACCUGUACUUAUGCCUGACAAAUUCACCGUCAUAGUGAAUACUAUUAAUUUAUUGGCAAGUAAUUUUCAGAGAAGCUACCACUUGGAAGGCAGGUUCCCUGGGGUCUCUUUAUAACAUCAGGAACUUAUACUAAUAAAAAUACAAGCCAGAUUAUAUACAUGUACCCUAGUUCUUUUCUUUACUAAUUGGAAGUCUUGAAAAAUACAAACUAAGUUAUUCUAUUUUAAGGCAUUUUCAUUGGAAACAAAUUCCCACAUUUUAAAUAAACUACUUUUGUAUCUUUUAAUACCAUUAAAAAAACCUUAAGAUAUAUUAUUUGGUCUGACAUAAAACUUUAACAACAAUGCUUUGUAAAAAGCUUAGAGAAUAAUUUGAAGUAAUUUCUUAUGACAAAAAUUUAUAGAGUCAAACACUUUGAUUCAUUUUUUCUUUGAUUUGUUUUUCAAGUUUGCUUUUUCAUUUUAAUUUUGAAUUAUUACCCGCUACAUUCAUCUUUUGGCUAGUAAAUUAUUUCCAUUGCAGAAAAAUAAAACUUUCUGGAUUUGUAA